AGACUGGACGUGGAUCUAGCAUUUUUCAUCACAAAUAACAAAACACCAAAAUAAAUGAAAAAAAAAAAAAAAUAUUUACACUUUAUUGUUUUUGUCAACUUGGUUUUGUUGUUGUCAUGAUUUUAGAGUUAAACGUAAAUAUGAUAGACAUCAAGGCUCUUUGAAAAAAAAAUAUAUUUUCAUUUAAAUAUCUAGUCUAGAAUGAUCCUAGUUGAUCAUUGGAAAAAAAUACUUUUAUUUUACCAAGCAAUACUACUUUGCCAGCACGACAAAUUAAUUUGUUAAUUUAAAAAAAGGAAAAAGAAAACCAACAACAAUGGAUAGUUUAUUUACUCAAAAUGUAUCUGAUGAGCCUGAUGAUAUUCCACAAACUCAAGAGCCAGUUUGGAUAUUUGGAAAAAAAUAUAAUGCUAUUAAAGAACUGGACACAAUACGUAGAUUCAUAAGAUCAAAAUUAUGGUUUACAUAUAGAAAAGGAUUUGUACCAAUUGGUGGUUGUAGUUCAGCAUAUACAUCUGAUAAAGGAUGGGGCUGUAUGUUGAGAUGUGGACAAAUGGUUCUUGCCCAAGCUCUUGUAGCUUUACAUUUGGGACAUGAUUGGCAAUGGAAUCCACAAACUAAAGACAGUACAUAUUUAAAAAUUUUAAGUAAAUUUGAGGACAAACGUACUGCUCCAUUUUCAAUUCAUCAAAUUGCACUUAUGGGAGCAUCUGAAGGCAAAGAAGUUGGUCAAUGGUUUGGUCCAAAUACAAUUGCCCAAGUAUUAAAAAAAUUAGUUGCUUACGAUGAAUGGAGCUCUAUAACAAUCCAUGUUGCCUUGGACAAUACACUGAUUGUCAAUGAUGUUUUGAGACAGUGUCGAGUUGAGGGUGCAACAGCUGCUGAAGAAGACAAAACAGAAGAGCCUUUUCGUGCACCAAGUCAAUGGAAACCUUUGUUAUUAUUGAUACCACUUCGUCUUGGUUUGAGUGAUAUUAAUCCUGUUUACAUAAAUGGUCUUAAAACGUCAUUUAAAAUUCCACAAUCACUUGGUGUUAUUGGAGGUAAACCAAAUCUAGCAUUGUAUUUUAUUGGAUGUGUUGAGGAUCAAGUGAUAUUUUUGGAUCCACACACAACUCAAAGAUACGGUUGCGUUGAUCAAAAAAUUGACGAUGAAGAUGUAGAAAUGGAUCAAACAUAUCAUUGUAAAGCUGCUAGUCGUAUUCCAAUAAGUGGAAUUGAUCCAUCAGUUGCUCUUUGUUUUUUUUGUGCAACUGAAAAAGAAUUUAAAUCACUUUGUAAAUCAAUGCAAAGUGAAUUAAUUACACCAGAAAAACAGCCUCUAUUUGAACUAUGUGCAGAACGUCCAGCACACUGGUCACCAGUUGAAGAUAUUGCAACUGAAGCUUUAGGUGUUGCAUCAUCAAAUCUUUUAGAUUUUGAGCCGCUUGAUCGACAGUACGACGACUCUGAUGAAGAAUUUGAACUUCUGGGAUAACAAAGCUUUAUUUCUGAAUAAUUAAUUUAAAAAAAAAAAAAAAUAUAUAUUAUAUAAAAAAUUAUUAACAUUUUUGUAAAUAUUAUCGAGCUCACAUUUUUAAUAUAGUCCAUUGCUGAAAUACAAAUUAAUGUAAAAUUAUUAAUUCCCUUGAUUGUUUGGAAACAUAUAAACAUUUAUUUGAAAUUUUUAAAAAUGAAAUAAUCAAUUUUUAUUUAUGAUUAUAUUAAAAAUAUGUUUAUAAUUACAGAGAUUGUCAAUGUUUUUUAUUAUUGACAAUAAUUAAAACUUGUUGUCAAAAUUGAGUAUUUUAAAAUAUAAAUAAAAAUAAUUUAAACUUUUUUUAUUCUUUAAUAAAACGAGCAAAAAU